AUGGAAACAUUUCUGAAGACGAAGGAUAUGGGUGAUAUGAACGAAAUUGAUUAUCACCCGGACCUACAAGAUCUAAUAAGCGAAUUAGAGGACAAUAAUGAUGAUGAUGAAGAAUACAAUGAAAAUCCACCUUCAAACAUGGAAGAAGGAUGGUUGGAUCACUUCAACAGUCCAGCUCCAGGACCUUCGAAUUGUCAACCACAUUCAAGCCUUCUUGGUGUUGCAGCGUGGAGGCAACAAAGUAGAGAACUUAUAUUACAGUGA